AUGGAUAUGACUCUAGAUGAUCUGUCUGAGAUUUGCGGCACAAAGACCAUUUGGCAGGGUAGUGGGGUGUUGACUGAUAAGAUUUUUGAGUCGACAUUGGCGGUUGACCGGGAGUUUAGUGAUCAGCUUGAUGGAUACUUGUGGUUAGUGCUUGGAGGUAUACUGUUUGUAGACAAGAGUGGUAACCGUACGCAUCCUUCCUUCCUCAACGAGCUAUGUUACGUGGAUGUCCCUAUUAACGAGUAUGCUUGGGGAACAGCUGCACUGGCCUACUUGUAUCGGCAACUGGGCACGGCAUCACGAAAAGGUGCUGAUUCGAUUGCUGGUUGUCUCACGCUUCUGCAAGCGUGGAUUUACGAGUACUUUCCGUGCUUUCGGCCACAGCAGGGUACCUUGACCCGGGACCUUCAAAUGCCUCGUGCGUCUGCUUGGGAUGUUGGAGCGGGAUGUCCUAGCAAGAACCUGGAGCGCCUGUUAGCUUUUCGUACUAGAAUUGAUGCGCUUACUGACCGUGAGGUGAACUGGCUACCGUACGGAGCUGAUCCUGCAUUACGAGUGCCCCCCACUUUAUUCAUUGGCUGCAUCCAGUACCGUAACAUCAUUGAGCUGUACAUGCCUGAUAGAGUGGUGCGCCAGCUUGGUUUCGUGCAAGGCAUUCCCCGCGAGAUCAUCAGACCAGAGAAGGCCAAGAGGCCGACUCUGCUUGCUUGCUUUAAUCCAUAA